CCGCCACCGCCGCGCCGAGUCCUUUUGUCCAAGAUGGCGGCGCCGGGGGCGCUGCCUCCUCGGCCGCCGCCGCCGCCGCUGUGAGAAACCUACGGGCCGCCCGCCCGCCGCGCCAGCGCCAUGAAGCGGCAGAGCGAGCGAGACUCUAGCCCGAGCGGGCGCGGCUCGUCAUCGUCGGCCAAGCGUCCGCGGGAGCGCGAACGGGAGGCGGAGGCGGGCGGGCGGCGGGCGGCGCACAAGGCCUCUGGCGGCGCCAAGCACCCGGUUCCAGCGCGGGCCCGCGACAAACCCCGCGGCAGCGGAAGCGGCGGGGGCGGGCAUCGCGACGGCCGCGGCACCGGGGACGCGAAUCACCGCGCGAGUAGCGGGCGCUCCUCGGGCUCCGGCGCUGGCGGCGGGGGACGCGGCGGCAAGGCCUCGGGGGACCCGGGCGCCUCCGGCUUGUCGCCCCGCGCGUCUCCUCUGCCGCCGCCUCCGCCACCGCCUGGGGCUGAGCCCGCGGGUCCCGGCUCAUCUGCAGCCGCGCCUGAGUACAAGACGCUGCUCAUCAGCAGCCUGAGCCCCGCGCUGCCUGCCGAGCACCUCGAAGACCGGCUCUUCCACCAGUUCAAGCGCUUCGGCGAGAUCAGCCUCCGCCUGUCGCACACGCCUGAGCUGGGCCGUGUGGCCUACGUGAACUUCCGGCACCCACAAGACGCGCGCGAGGCCCGCCAGCACGCCCUGGCCCGCCAGCUGCUGCUCUACGACCGCCCGCUCAAGGUAGAGCCCGUGUACCUGCGCGGCGGCGGCGGGAGCAGUCGGCGAAGUAGCAGCAGCAGCGCCGCCGCUUCCACGCCUCCCCCAGGGCCGCCCGCGCCCACCGACCCGCUCGGCUACCUCCCGCUGCACGGAGGCUACCAGUACAAGCAGCGCUCGCUGUCCCCCGUCGCUGCCCCGCCCCUGCGGGAGCCCCGCGCCCGCCACGCCGCCGCAGCCUUCGCCCUGGAUGCCGCCGCUGCCGCCGCUGUGGGACUGUCCCGAGAGCGGGCCCUGGACUACUACGGGCUGUACGACGACCGUGGGCGCCCCUAUGGCUACCCAACUGUGUGUGAGGAGGACCUGAUGCCCGAGGACGACCAGCGGGCCACGCGCAACCUCUUCAUUGGGAACCUGGACCACAGCGUAUCUGAGGUGGAGCUGCGACGGGCCUUCGAGAAAUAUGGCAUCAUCGAGGAGGUGGUCAUCAAGAGACCUGCCCGUGGCCAAGGUGGUGCCUAUGCCUUCCUCAAGUUCCAGAACCUGGACAUGGCCCAUAGGGCUAAGGUGGCCAUGUCGGGCCGAGUGAUUGGUCGCAACCCCAUUAAGAUAGGCUAUGGCAAGGCCAACCCCACCACUCGUCUCUGGGUGGGUGGCCUGGGACCUAACACCUCACUGGCAGCUCUGGCCCGGGAGUUUGACCGCUUUGGGAGCAUUCGGACCAUUGAUCACGUCAAAGGAGAUAGCUUUGCCUAUAUCCAGUACGAGAGCUUGGAUGCAGCCCAGGCCGCCUGUGCUAAAAUGAGGGGUUUUCCCCUGGGUGGACCAGACCGCAGGCUCCGCGUGGAUUUUGCCAAAGCAGAGGAGACUCGGUACCCCCAGCAGUACCAGCCCUCACCACUCCCUGUGCAUUAUGAGCUGCUGACAGAUGGAUACACCCGGCACCGCAACCUGGACACCGACUUGGUGCGGGACAGGACGCCCCCACACCUUCUGUACUCAGACCGAGACCGGACUUUUUUGGAAGGGGACUGGACCAGCCCCAGUAAAAGCUCUGACCGCCGAAACAGCCUUGAGGGCUACAGUCGCUCAGUGCGCAGCCGGAGUGGUGAGCGUUGGGGGGGAGAUGGGGACCGUGGUUUGCCCAAGCCCUGGGAAGAGAGGCGGAAACGGAGGAGCCUUUCCAGUGACCGUGGGAGGACAACCCACUCCCCUUAUGAGGAACGGAGCAGGACCAAGGGCAGUGGGCAGCAGUCAGAGCGGGGCUCCGACCGCACCCCUGAGCGCAGCCGCAAGGAGAACCACUCCAGUGAAGGGACCAAGGAGUCCAGCAGCAACUCCCUCAGCAACAGCAGACACGGGGCUGAGGAACGGGGCCACCACCACCACCACCACGAGGCUGCAGACUCUUCCCAUGGGAAGAAGACAAGAGACAGCGAGCGCAAUCACCGGCCCACGGAGGCUGAGCCCAAGCCUCUUGAAGAGCCAAAACAUGAGACCAAAAAGCUGAAGAAUCUUUCAGAGUAUGCUCAGACACUACAGCUGGGUUGGAAUGGGCUUCUGGUGUUGAAAAACAGCUGCUUCCCCACGUCUAUGCACAUCCUAGAGGGGGAUCAGGGGGUAAUCAGCAGUCUGCUCAAAGACCACACUUCUGGGAGCAAGCUGACCCAGCUGAAGAUUGCCCAGCGCCUUCGACUGGACCAGCCCAAGCUCGAUGAGGUCACACGACGCAUCAAGCAGGGGAGCCCCAAUGGCUAUGCGGUCCUCUUAGCCACCCAGGCAACCCCCAGUGGGCUUGGCACUGAAGGGAUGCCCACAGUGGAGCCAGGUCUGCAGAGGCGGCUUCUCAGGAACCUGGUCUCCUACUUGAAACAGAAGCAGGCCGCAGGGGUGAUCAGCCUGCCAGUGGGGGGGUCCAAGGGCAGAGAUGGCACAGGCAUGCUCUACGCCUUCCCACCCUGCGACUUUUCCCAGCAGUACCUCCAGUCAGCACUAAGGACAUUGGGCAAACUAGAAGAAGAACACAUGGUGAUAGUCAUCGUCAGAGACACUGCCUAGCCCAAGCCUGUCUUUCCCAGCGUCAUGUUUGUGUCACAAAAGCAGUUAUUUUAAAAAUCUGAUCCCCUGUCUACCUUACCACUUUGGUUUGAAUUAUCUCCUGGGUUAUUUUGGUUCAUUUGGGUGGGGAUCAAAGUCCUGUCCAGCACCAAAACUAAGUUCUUAGAAUUUGGGGGAAUUUUUUUUUUUUUUUUUUAAAAACAAUGAUGAGAAGGGAAUCCGGUUAUGUUGAUUUCUAGUGUACAAGAUACUGUCUGCUGUGGUUCUGUAUUUUUUUAUUUUUUGACCAACUGUAUGGAAAGUUGUCAGUAAAACCUUUGUCAGGAUGGAUUUUUAAA